GCUCCUGCCGCAGCAGGGGGACGGCGGCGCCUUCCUGCCGGGCCGCUGGGCUCUGCGCGGGGCUUGCUGCGCCCGCCUCGGAUAUUGAGGCUUUCGGGCAAUAAGUCGUUACUUUACUCUGCACUGUUGCUCUGCCCGCUCCGUGAGCCCCCUCUUUCUCAAAGCCAUGUUUUUCCGUGCCCAUUUGCGUAUCGGGAGCUUUACCGAGCGCUGUAACCGUGGCUCUUAGCUGCUUAGACGUCACCCCGUGAGGAGUGAGAGGUCUCGCACGAGGAGGUUUUGCUUCUGGGAGCUCUGCCCGCAAGCGAGCGAAGUAGCGGCUCUGCAAAGGCUCCUCGGCUUGUUUGGAAGAGUUGCCAUUACUGAAGAUUCUUUAUGCCAGAUAAUCAACCUACUGCGGAAUAACCAUGAAAGAGACAAGGUAGCUGCCGACGUGUGAGACAAAAUCUGAUUUCAAUGGAUACAAAAUAUAAAGACGAUUUAUUUAGGAAGUAUGUACAGUUCCAUGAAUGCAAACUGAAUGCCUCUGACAGCAAGCAGCGUCCUAUUAACGAUGAAUAUUUGCGAGUGGCAGCGUCAGCCUUACUUUGCCUUCCCAAAAUUGAUCCCUUUUAUAGAUUCCGGCUGAUAAAAUUUUAUGAGAUGGCUGAAAACUCCCUGAGAUGUCUGAAAUCCUCAAGUUUACAUUCUCUCCAUAAUGCAUUCAGCAUGCUCGAGACAGUUGGAAUUAAUCUCUUUCUUUACCCCUGGAAAAAGGAGUUCAAAAAUAUUAAGACCUACACAGGACCCUUUGUUUAUUAUGUAAAAUCUGCUCUAACUGAAGAUGAUGUAAGGCAGAUUCUGAACUACAUGGGUUAUGUGCAAGAAUUGGGGACAAUGUAUAAGCUCAAAGAGCAGGUCGAUGCCAUUCAAGUGAAAAUGGUUUCGUUUGAACUCUUUUUGGCCAAAGUGGAGUGUGAGCAGCUUCUUGAAAUUCACUUGCAAGUGAAGGAUAAAGGUUAUUCAGAGGUUGAUGUCAUAAAUGAACGAAAAAAUAGCAGUGAAGAUGUUCGAGGUUGCUCAGAAGCCAUGAAACGACGUGCAGAGUGUAAAGAAAACUUAAAUACUUCUAUGGCACGAAUGGUACUUCAGAAAUCAGCAAGUGAAAGGGCCUCUAAAGAUUAUUUCAAGCCAAAAGUGAGCAAGCCUUCUAAAUCAGUGGACACAUAUGAUAAUUAUUGGGAAAAUAAGAAACCACCUUUGAUGAGCUCAUUGAGUCUCAGGAAAGAACCAAUUUUAGUUGAUGCAGAAGAUGACAUUAAAGAUGAAAUUAUCCGUCCAUCACCCUCUCUUCUGACAAUGUCAAGCUCCCCACAUGGGUGUUCAGAUGAAUUCUUGCCAACUUCAUCUCAUCACAAUGGCAUGUUAAGAACAAAUGUCCCUUAUAGCUCCUAUUUUUCUGCUCAAGAAGACUUAGAUUUAUAUACUGAUCCUGAUUCUAGAAGUAUGUUAAAUUUUAAAAGACAAGAAGCUAUUAAGUCUGAUGUAUGGGUGUUAAAAAGUGAUGCCAACCCUGUUUACCACAAACGCACGCACCUAGCCAAAGAGACAGCUUCCCUCAAGUGCCAAAACUGUGGCGUACCUUGUGGCACUUCUGUUUGCCAAAAGUGUGACAAUCUCUUUAACUGCAGGCAGGAAUAUCCAGCAGUGAAACAGAGCACCUAUUCAAUCAAAUCAGUUCCAAAUGAUGGCUUGUCUCCUGCAUCUGCUUUAAGAGAGAAAUCUCAGUACACAUCACAGACUCAGAGUCAAGAGAGAGCUUCUCAAUUCAGUUCCAAAUCCAAACCUUCAGGCACCUCGCGCUGCGGCUUUUGUAACCGCUCUGGAGCUGCAAACACUUGCACGUUUUGUUCAAAAGUCUCAUGUGACACUUGCCUCAACGCUUACUAUUAUGAUCCCUGCUGUAGAAAAAGCGAGCUUCACAGAUUCAUGCCUAACAAUCAGUUAAACUAUAAAUCGGCCCAGCUGUCCCAUGUAGUUUAUAGAUAGACCUGAGUGGUCUGUUUUGGAGGGAAAGGCAGAGGGGAGGGGAAAGGGCUACCAUAACUAGUGUUCUGACUCCACUGAUGAGAAAAUACACUGACCUCUUAGGAAAAUGACAUGCCCAAAUGUUUGGAACCAUGAUUCAGUGAUCAGGUGCCACUUCUUGAUUUUUGUGGCUUCACAGAUGCUGCAGAUACAUUAGAGUUCAUGCUGCUAUAAUUUUGGUAACUUCUAACUGAUCAUUACUUUUCAAUUUAAAUCGGGGAGAAGAGCACAUUUUUCUUUAAAACUUGGCAGCUGUUGCAUUUUAGAAAAGUGACAUCACACCUUUCUAUUACAUUGUAGUCAUCUCCUUGCCCAAAUAAAACCAAGUAAGGCUUUAAAAUAAAGACUUUAAAAAAAUCUCAUUUUCUAUGGAUUAUGAAACUACUGCCGGUUUUUGAUAAAGUAUGACUUUUAAAAUGUGCAAGAAAUAUGUGAACGGCUUGUUUUGCCAACAAGGACUCAUUUUUGAAGUGUGUCUGCAUUUCUUGAUCUCUAAAAUGCAAACACCAUGGCAUCUCUUUUCAUCUUUAUGUUUCUUCCUUCUCCCCUUAUCACCCAGUUGUUUAUCUCAAGCUUAUAUAAUCUGAAUCCGAACAGUAUGUGCUUUAUUUUCUAGUGUUCCAAUAUCAUCCUACUGGUUUUUACUGUAUGGUAUUUUAAAAAGGUGAACCUGUUUUCAUGUCACUUAAAUUAUGCCUGGAGUGUUGUCUUUCCAGAUGAGUACUGAUUUUAUUUACUUUCUGUUGCACAUGUAUUAAAUAUUGUUCUUUGUACUGUAAAUAGGUAAUUUGGAAACAGUUUAUUUUUAAUAAAUAUUUAAUAUGUUGAGUUCUUAAAAGUGGUAAAAUCAUCAUAGCUAUGAAGUCUCUCUGGGUUAUUUGUUCAGGUGACUUUUUGUUUUUAUGUGUACUGUAUUUCAUAGCUUAUUAUAGUCACUGUGGCAGACUGAUAUUAUUGGCUCAGAUUUUUUUUUAAUCCAACUUCCCCCCCCCCCCCCCCCCCCACUGAUAAGGCUACCACUAAACCUCCUGGAGUCUUGCCUAAGAACUGCAGGAUUUUGGUUCUCAGUGCACGCUUUUCUUUAUGGUUAUGGGAAUUGUAAGUUUAAAUGUUAUGCUUCCUUCUAAAUUCACUGCGAAGUCUGUAGUGUAGUUCAGCAAGUAAAGCACCAGCCUGGUUAAAAAUCAGGGCUCAUUUGUGACUCCUAUUAAAGUAAAUCCAUCAGUUAUGGAUGUGAAUUAGAUAAUAAUAUUUAUCUGUGUUACUGUAGCACAGAGGAACCCUAGCUAAGAACCAGGACUCCAUUGUGCUAAUCUUUGUACAGUGUGACCCCUCCAGCACCUAAUUAUGAAUAGGCUUUAGUUUUCUAUCAAAAGGAAACCCACAAGAACCCUUCUAACUUCCUUAUUCAGACUAGCUAGUUAGAACAAAAUAUCAGGCAACCUAAUUGGAUGUGCAGAAUUAAAUGUGUUUAAAAUAUAUGUAAAGAAACCUAGCUGAAGUGUAAACUAUGUAGUCCACUUUGCACUAAAAUUAAUCACUUUUUUUUUAAAGCGUUGUUAGAGUCUAGGCUUCUAAACUUAAAUGUCCAUUGAUCCCUGUGUGACAGAAACAUGCAUGAAUGAUUGUUUUUAUUUUUCCUUAAAUUUUUGGGGUCGGGGGGAGGGGUUGAGGUAGGUAGAGGGGGAAACUAUAUAGGCUAAUGUUGUAAAAUAGCUAAAAUAUUUUAGCCAUAAAUGGGUGUCAGAAGUAGUAUGGAAAUAGAUGAAACCUGAGUCUUACAGAGGGCUGAGAACAAUAAGUUACUGUACAGUUUGCACUAAGAAAUAAAGUCAAUGGCGUAUGUUUAGCAAUCAGGGAAAACUCUGAAUCAAGUGACUGCAACUGAACACAAUGUUCCAGGCAAGUGUUACCUUGUUGACCCUGAAGGUUGGGGUAAAUAUUGUUUAGGUGAAUGAUUUUAAGGUUUUCAAAAUCUUGUAUGUUUUUUAUAAAUAUAUAAAUAUAUAUAUAAAUAAAACACAAAUGUAGAUACAUUAUGUAUAUAAUGAAGAAUUUAAAAAAAUUUUACUAUUAAGAUACAGUCCAAGGGUGGUUUUCAUUUUGGUGGUUAUUUUGUUUCUGUUCAUCUUCUGAAGUGUCAUGCCUGUUUGGCUGCUAUAACGAUGUAUCUUCUAGUUCACUAGUUCAAUUUCCUUAUGGCUACUCACACUACGGUAAAUAACUAAAACUGUGAUGCCACGUAAUUUAUACGGUGAACAGAGCAGGGACUAUACUUGCUUUGAAAAAGAAAAGUCCUGUGUAUAUAUGUCUUGGAAUACUGUAGUACAAAACUGUGUUGAAUUGAAGUGAUACCAUGCUCUAUUUUUGUGUAUCUUACUGUAUGAGGUUGCUGUGAUUGAUACAGUAAAAUAUAUGCUAAUUUAAAAUGCAGGUGUUUUGCAUCUGAUUUGUUAAAAUUAACUUAUGUUUUGAAGGAAUUCAAAAAUAAAGAGGCCUUUAAGAAAAGGCUUAACUCUUUUCUUAAAGUUGAGUGCA